AGUAAUACCAUGUGAAGGAGACAGGCACAUUCCAAAAGAAAACAAGUGCAUGUUGGAGCAAGGCAGUCAGUGGCUCGAGCACAGUUAGAGGAACGUGGGAGGAGCUGUGGAGACCAUGGGUCACGCCAGGGCUCUGCACAGCAUGCAGAGGAAAGGAAGAGCUCAGUGCGCCGGGGUUUCAUACAGCCGCUCUGUCAGGCCCCAGGGGCACGUCUACAGUGCACAGGCGGACUCACCCCAGACUGUUCGAACCGUGCCUGAGCGCCCUCGUCUGCCGGCACCACUGGCCCCGCAGCAGCCAGGAGUUGAGAAGGGCGGAGGCUGAUUCCAAUGAAGUGGCAGAACGUUAGGCGGCCUCUGCAAACGUCGCCAUUAGCCAAGGUUCGAGGGUCUUCUUCUCUUGGAGGGCCCAACCUCCCCUCCAGAUUUAGUACACCAGAGGCGUCACAGCAACGGCUGCUGCCUGCGCGCCUCAGCUAGGCGGACUCGGGUAUUUUUAAGGCCGCAUUGGAAAUCCCGGGCAUGCUCCCGCCGGCGGAGAAGGCCAAGAGAAAAUGUGCGCCAAUCAGGAUGCAGACUUGGAGGACGUUUACCCUCAGGACCAAUAAGAGGGAGGGCGGACGGGGCCAAGGGUGCCGGUUCGCUCGCAGGAUUUAAACCUCAGCGGCCUGCGGUUAACGCCAGGCUCGGCGCGUGGGCCGGCAGUGCGCCUGCGCAAAUUGCGCGAACGCUAACAGAAUCUGCGGUGCUCUGCUGGCGACUGGCAGGACGCGGUACAGAGAGCCGACUUCGGCGACGCGGGUUUUUUUUUUUUUUACUUGAAUGUAAAUGCCAAUCAAGAUACAUUGACAUAAGCAGCUGGAGGAUAGAAAACAUAUUCGUAUACCUGAAGUCUUGAACACGGGUAGGAAAAAACUAAUUAUUGGUUGGACCUGAAGGUGGCAAGACUAGAAAGCAGGAGAAAGAGUGGAAAUGAAAGCAGGUAAUAAGAUUCCCUAGAACUGAGUUAAUGCCCCUCUAAACUGUUCUGAUACUACCCUGUAUUGAAUUUAUGAUUGCCUUAGCCAUUCUUUCUCCAUUUGACUGCUAUGAAAGGGAGAUAAGAGAAUGAGCAAUUUAUGAACUGGGAAUUUAUUAUCAGAAAACUGACCAAUGUUAUCUCUUGCAGAAGGUCCUACAGUGUAGAGGAAGCAAUGGAAGAACUUCUACCUGAUGGACAAAUAUGGGCUAAUAUGGAUCCAGAAGAACGAAUGUUGGCAGCUGCUACAGCUUUUACCCACAUCUGUGCAGGGCAGGGUGCAGGAGAUGUCAGGAGAGAAGCCCAAUCUAUCCAAUAUGAUCCCUACAGUAAAGCUUCAGUAGCCCCAGGGAAGCGACCUACUCUUCCUGUGCAACUACAGUACCCACAUGUGGAAAGUAAUGUCCCUUCAGAAACAGUCUCUGAGGCCUCCCAAAGACUCCGAAAGCCAGUGAUGAAGAGAAAGGUGCUGCGCAGAAAGCCAGAUGGGGAAGUAUUAGUAACAGAUGAGUCGAUUAUCAGUGAAUCAGAAUCUGGUACAGAAAAUGAUCAGGAUCUCUGGGACUUAAGACAAAGGCUGAUGAAUAUACAGUUCCAGGAAGACAAGGAAUCUUCAUUUGAUGUUUCACAAAAAUUUAACCUACCACAUGAAUACCAAGGAAUUUCUCAAGAUCAACUCAUUUGCUCUCUACAAAGAGAAGGAAUGGGCUCUCCAGCUUACGAACAAGACCUGAUUGUUGCCAGUAAACCCAAGUCCUUUAUUCUCCCAAAGCUGGACCAGUUAAGCCGAAACCGGGGCAAGACAGACCGGGUAGCCCGGUAUUUUGAGUACAAACGGGACUGGGACUCAAUACGUUUACCUGGUGAAGAUCAUAGGAAGGAAUUACGCUGGGGUGUCCGAGAGCAGAUGCUUUGUCGAGCAGAACCCCAAUCCAAACCUCAGCACAUAUAUGUCCCAAACAAUUAUCUAGUACCAACAGAGAAGAAAAGGUCUGCACUCCGUUGGGGUGUUCGUUGUGACCUUGCAAAUGGUGUCAUACCCAGGAAGUUUCCCUUCCCUCUUUCUCCUUCUUAAAUCUUUUUAAACUUCUUUCACAUGAUUGUUUGAGAUAACCUAGCUCUUUAUAUCUUCCCUUUUAAAUAGAAACAACUGUCUUGAAAAGCUCUUAGAAACAUUUUACGGUAAGGACUUCACCUAUCAUUAGUCUUUCCUAGCUAUGUAUCACAUUGGUAUCAGAUAAUACUUCCAAAUUGCCACUCAAAUCCAGCAACUGCAAGAUAAAUCAUACCAGAGAAAGAACAACAGACCUGGUCUUUCUAUUUUGUCCAAUUAGUAAGGGCCCUUUGUGUCCUGUAACCUUUUUUACCUAUCAAUAUGAGUUGCUGUGCUUUAAUGUGUGUUUUUUAAGUUGCUGGGCAUUACACUUACCAAUUAAAGAAUUUUGGAAAUUCA